AUGUCACUUCCUGUCUGCAGGUGUAUCUCCGUCUUCUUUGUGGAGUUUCAGUCUCACUUUGAAGCCGACUACUCCGCGACAGCCUGGAUCCACAGCCUGGUGGACUGCACCACCAUGCUCUGUGCUCCCGUGGGCAGCCUGGUCGGGAACCGCUGGUCGUGUCGGGUGGCGGUGAUGCUCGGCGGGCUGCUGUCCUCCUGCGGACUCCUCCUCAGCUCCUUCGCCACCAGCCUGGAGCUCCUCUACUUCACCAUGGGGAUCCUGACAGGUCUGGGCUUCGCUCUCUGUUACACGCCCGCCAUCUCCAUGGUCGGCUGUUACUUCCACCAGCGGAAGGCGCUGGCGUACGGCAUCGCCAUGUCGGGCAGCGGGAUCGGGACGUUCGUGUUGGCGCCGGCGGUGCAGCUGCUGAUCGAGCUGUACUCGUGGAGGGGGGCGCUGCUCGUCCUCAGCGCCUUUGUCGCCAACCUCUGCGUCUGCGGGGCGCUGCUUCGACCAAUCACGCUGCGGGAGGGCGUGGAGGAGGCGGAGCUAGAGGAGGGGGAGGAGAAACCAGGUAACAUCUCGCCGCAGGACGCCGAGCUCGCUGUCUCCAAAGAAUCAGACACUAAUUCAUCGCCGCCGUCUUCUUCGCUCCUGCUCUCAGGAAGCCCCGCCCCCACGCUGCAGAGGGGGCGGUGCUUCAGCUUCUGCUUCCUGUCCAGUCAGGAGUACCGCUUCCUGCUGCUGCCGGACUUCGUGGGCCUCGCCGUGUCCUUCCUGUUCCUCGCCAGCGGCUGCAGCCUCCCCUUUGUCUACCUGGUGCCGUACGCUCUGAACGCCGGCGUCAACCACCAGCAGGCCGCUUUCCUCAUGUCCAUCCUGGGCGUCAUCGACAUCGUGGGGAACAUCACCUUCGGCUGGCUGACGGACCGCAGGUGUCUGAAGCCGCACCGUCUGGCGUGCUACAUCUUGGCGGUGGGUCUCGAGGGUCUCAGCUGCCUCUUCGUGCCGCUGCUGCGCUCCUUCGCGCUCCUCGUGCCCUUCGCCGUCGUCUACGGAUACUUCGACGGAGCCUACGUGGCGCUGAUCCCCGUGGUGACGUCAGACGUGGUGGGAGCUCCGUACCUGGCCUCGGCGCUGGGCGUGGUCUACUUCCUCCACGCCAUCCCGUACCUCGUCAGCCCGCCAAUCGGAGGUUGGCUGGUUGACGUCACAGGAAGUUACACGGCCACCUUCUUCCUCAGCGGCACCGCCAUGCUGGCCAGCGCGAUCGUUCUCUCUACCAUCCUCUGGAUCCGCCGCUGCCAGCGCCGCCACCUCCCCACCGCCACUGUCGUCAACAAGGACACCAAAAACGAGCCCCUCUCCGCGUGCAGCUAAUGAAAUUACGUCGUCGGAUUCGACAAGGAGGCGGUCAGUCAGGACGUCGCCUCGCGGCGAAAGCAGGAAACGAACAAUCGGAUUCAUCGAUUGAGACGUCGUGGAUUAAUUUGAAUCGGCUGAAAGUUUCAAACAAUCAACGCUGCCGAACUUUCUCUGGGCUUCUAAACGCAGAGGAAGGACCCGGAAACGGACGCACGCCACUGAAGCCCGCCGAAGGACCGCCCCGACACCUCGAAUUCUACCCAAGAACGAGUUCUACUUUUCACAGUUGCCUUCGUGUAUCCGCAGCGCUUUUAACCCUUUGACACCUGGAUCGACAUCAGUUUUCUUGUGAUUCAGAGACGUGUGAAAACGUGGGAAGAAAAGAAAAAGAGCAACUCGUGUUGUUUCCGGCAAAAAAUUAGUAAAAGGUGAACAAAAAAAUGACGAGAAAAUUAGCUAAAGGGGUGAUUAUUUGAUAUUUUCCAAAAACAAAAUUCCAGAA